UGAUUGAGUGAAUAAUAAUGCUCUAUAUACUGUUCCCUCUUUUGGGUUCUUUUGCUCCUCAAAUACAUUCUCCUCCUUCAAUCUCCUUUCAUCUUCCUCUUCUCUCCUCCUCCUUCUCCUUCUCCUUCUCCUUCUCCUUCUCCUCAUUAUAUAUAUAUCCUCUUCGACCCUUCGCUUCGCUGCCUAUUUUCAUUCUCUUCUCGUCUUUCUUUCCACGAUUUGAGAUCUGGGUCCUCUUUUUUAUCAUCUCUUCUUCAAGAUUUCACCAGGUAAUUCGGGUACUUUAUUUGGGUUCUGUUUUGGUCUUUCAUCUAAUAACUGCCUCUGUUUCUUACCUCUUCUCUCCUUCUCCAACUCAGUUUUCUUGCCUAUUUUCUCCACCAAUUUCAUUCAGAAAGGAUACCAAUUCGUAUUUCCUGAUUUCUCCCAUCUGGGUUUCCUCAAAAACCCCCAAAUCUUUCAAUGGAGAUGAAUGGGUGUUCUGAGAAAGACGAGGAUUGUCCUCAGCUGUUGGAUUUGAUCCCCAAACACCGCCAAUGGCUUUCCGCCGUAGAUGUCACCGGAAAAACGCAAACCUCCGACGACAAGAAGCUUGAGCUGACGCUUGGCCUGCCUGGAGAUGCCGACUGGUCCCGCAAAGAAAGAAAUGACUCUCUUCUCUCUUUUGGCCAUUUUCCCACUUCUUCUAAAUUUUCUCCCUCCGAGAAUCCGUGGCCGUCGUCUGCAAAUUUCCUUGGAAAGCUUCAACCCAACAAAUUUUCAGGGUUCUGUUCUAAAAUGGGAGAUUUACAAAAUGCUGAAGCUAAAUCGUUUCCUUCCUCUGCUAACACACCUGUUUCUAACACUUCUCAGAAAAGGACUGCGCCUGCUCCAGUUGUGGGAUGGCCACCAAUUCGAUCCUCGAGAAGAAACCUCAGAAGCAGCAGCUUUGAGAAGCCUGCAGUGGAGUCCUCGGAUGCCGCCCCGAGCAAGCUCCCGGCUCCCCGGGAGAAACGGGUCGAAGCUGGUGGGAAGGGACUGUUUGUGAAGAUCAAUAUGGAUGGAGUUCCCAUUGGUAGGAAGAUAGAUCUCAAUGCCUAUGACAACUAUCAAAGACUUUCGUCUGCUGUUGAUGAACUGUUCCGAGCCUUACUUGCUGCUCAAAGAGAUUCGUCAGGCAGUGGCGUGUUGAAGAAGCAAGAAGAAGAGAAACCAAUCACGGGUUUGCUGGAUGGAAGUGGAGAAUAUACGCUUGUUUAUGAGGACAACGAAGGCGACAGAGUUCUUGUUGGCGAUGUGCCGUGGCAAAUGUUCAUUUCCACGGUGAAGAGGCUGCGCGUGCUGAAGAGCUCUGAAUUGCCAGCGUUGAGUGUGGUUGGUUCGAGGCCGCAGAAGAGAAGUUAAGUUGUAAGGUGAAGGUUUAGAGACGAUAGAAUCACUCAUGCUUUCAUCAUCAUCCCCAUACACCAAUGGGGUUAUGCUUUUCAUUUUGUAAUUUCUGAAAUUGCAAUGUAAAAUCCAAUCAAAUCAAUCUCCCAUCGCCUAAAUUAGCCACU